AUGGCAAAUAGAGCAGAUUUUUAUCAAACAACUGGACAAGAACUAUUCAUUCCUAAUGAAUUUGGAUGUUCAAAUGUUACUCUUUGGACAAAGUUUGGAGUACCUUCAUAUUUCGAAGAUCUUGAUAUUUCACAAUUUUACUCGUUUCUAAUGUUCCACAAUGAUGGUGAGAGUUAUGAUUUGUGUUCCAAAGUUGGAAAUUGGGAGAAGAAUUUAAAAUUGUCAUGUGAUGAACUGUUAUGUGAAAAUAAUGAUCGUGUUGAUAAUUUGAGUGGGUAUGUGGAAGAAAUUACACAAAACCAAACGACCAUUGUUGAUUGGAUCAAUUAUUGUCAAUACUGUUCCAAUAACCACACAUUACGAUCUUACAAACAUACACUCACACUUGGUAGAGGAUGUUUUCCAAAAGACAUCACAGUGAGCGCCAUGAUCAAUCAAUUUCCAAGCUCCAUCACUUUUUGUGGCACGGCUGAUUUUGGAAUUCCUAUUCUUGUGAACAAUACAAAUAUUGCAGCUGAUCCAUUUAUGACUCGAAACGGAUACUCCUAUAUAUGCUAUUGCGCACAUGACCAAUAUUUUAGCCUAAAAUGUGCAAACAAUGCGAUCAACUUGUUGGUACUGCAAGCCAUUUCAACAGGUCUCUCAGUCAUUCACCUCAUUUCAUGUUGCCUCACCUUUUUCAUGACCUUUUUACCAAAGUACACAGCCAGCUUUAGAGAAAAGAGACCGUUUAACACCAUUACCAUUACUUGCGUGAUCAUUGGUGAGAUAUUAUUAUUUUUCACAACAGUGUUUUCUCAAUACUUGGGUUCAAGUUUUUCAAUGACUAUACUCGGUAACUUUGCUCUUUCACUCCUCAUCUUUAGCCUUUUCACAUGGGUCUUAAAUUGGUGCAGAUUAAUUGUAUAUGUGAAAACAAAGAAAGCGACACCAUUUAUCAUCAUUUACCUCGUGUUAGCGUUGGUUUUCCUUGUGUUAUAUGUGGCAAUCCCAAUAUUAAUUUCAGUACUGGUUUGUGAUGACAUGACGUCCGUUAAUGUAUUCUUUGCAUAUUAUAAUUCCUCUUUAACCUUUCUUGCAUGUGCUGCAUUCAUAGCCCUCACUGUAUGGAUUUAUUGGACUAUGAAAAAGGUUUCUGACAUCAACAUGUUGAAUUCUUCAUGUUUGAGAUUUGUAAUUGUAGCCUCAAUUUCUAUCGUUGUGUUUGCUGCAACCAAUUUAAUUAUUAGAAUAACAGUCCUACACUCGAAUCUGUUAGCACAGGGAAUAUUUCUCGUAGUAUACAACACAAGCACGAUAUUUAUUACUUGUGGACUCACCAUUAUGGAAUUUGACAAGGAAGAAUUCCGAGACUUUUAUCGUUGCACCACAUGUUGGGCCAAAAUGCAAAAGACAAAGCAAAAGCAUGGAAAAGAUGAAUCUCUACUUGCUGAUAACUCGGACAACUUGGUCACGACAAAUAAUGAAGACUCCUCCACAUCACACAGUACCUACUACAGUCUUGUGAAACAUUAA